AUAACCCUAUUUAUUUGCAAAAUGUCUUCUUCUUAGGUCUCUUCUUCGCAGAUAGGCGGAAGGUCUAUUCGCAGGUCUCUUCUUCGCAGAUAGCGGCGCAAGGUGGACCGAAGUAGGGGCUCUCUUCUUCGUAGGUCUCUUCUUCCUUUGCAAAUCUCUUCUUCGCACUUCUGUUCAUCUGGAUAAUGUCUUCUUCGUCUACAUCAAGCAAACGAAAAAACAGCCUAUCUACUCUCAAUUACGAGCCCGCAGUUUACUGUCUUUGUGGGAUGAAAGCCCCUCUUUGCAAAGGACGAGAAACUGGACCAUUGUUCUACGGUUGUCAACAAUUUAAGUACGAUCAUGGAUGUGGUUUCUUUAUGUGGAGGGAUGCUAUGGAUGCUACACAUGGCCACAUAGCACAUCGGAUUGCAAGAGAUGAGGCAGCACAUGGUGGUGGUUUGUUUGAAUUACGAGGGCAAACAGUUCAAUGGGUCAAGAAAUUAAUGUUCUUGGAAGAGAUAUUGUUCAUCUAAGAGGAGUAAUCCAAACAGAGGCAAAACAAAAUGUUAAGGUUCUUUAUUGUUUGUUGGUGUUUUGUAAGCACAACAGUUGUUGUUGUGGCUUAUUUCAAUUUAAGAAAGUGUUGUAUGUAAUAGGUGUGGUAGUUAUGUUCCUAUGGAGUUUUUUGUGUAUCCUCUGUUGUUGCUUCAGUUUAUCAUUACGGUGACCACUUGAUGUAUGUAAAUCAAUUGCUGGAAAUGAAGGGUUAUAUUCGCUGAUGCUUCUUGUUUUAUCACACCAAUGAACCCCGUCAUU